CAAAGAAAAUCAACUAUGAUUAUCCUCCUCACAGGCGACACAGGAAAAACUUCCCUACGUCCAGCUUCCCUGCUCCACUCGGCUGACAUCCUGGUCCUCUUGACUUCUCGGCGUGGCACCUCUACUACCUCUUUCCCUUGCGUCUCGUUUGACUGGAACGACAAAACCACUUGGACANACCCAUUCACCGCAGCCACCGAUAUAAAAGCCCUCUAUCUACUCAGCGGCAAUCUACAUGAUCCAGCCCCCAUAUUAAACUCCUUUAUCGAUUUUUGUAAAAGCAAAGAUUUGUGCUUUGUUGAGGCAGUUCGUGCGCAAAAGGCGGUCCUUUCCACGGAAAGAUAUGGCAGAAACUUGAAGAUGAAGGGCUGGAGUUUUGUGUGCUGCGACCGAGUUGAACCAGGACAUGGACAUUUUGAGACCAUCACUGGCUACAACAAGAUCUUUACCGCAAGUGGCGAUGGCAAAAUCCCUUGGGUGUCUGCAGAGGAUAUCGCGAGUGUGGCGUUCUCUGCUCUCAGAGACGAGAAAUCACACGAUUGUGCUUACCGCAUCUUGGGCCCUGAGUUGCUUUCCUAUGAUGAGGUAUUAUCCUCCAUCUCCCUUGGCCUCGUUUAUUUGCUCUAUGCUAACCCACCUCAAAAGAUUGCAGAAAAAUUGAGCAAACAGCUAGGAAAACGCAUCGUGCAUGUGAAAUUGACACAACAGCAGAGGGCUCACGGGAUGAUGAAUGCAGGGGUACCAGAGGAAAUGGCAGGUUUCUUGACGGGGCUGGAAGUCAUGGCGAAAGAGAGUAGAGAAGCAUGGCAAGGCAAUGACGUGGAAACCGUGACGGGCAAGAAAGCAAUCUCUUUCGACGAGUUUGUUGUGCUGAACGAGGGAGCUUGGAAGUAA